UUUUUUAACAACUCCGUCCUUCCCUAUAUAUAGAAGAGCUCCCUUGCGCAUAGGGAAAACUGAACAAGAAGUUCUGUCAAUCGCUCUAAACAACUCGAGCUAGUGGUGCUUCUCAGAUUAAUUAGCCACACUUUCUAGGCCUCUGGCCCCCGUCGCCUUCUUUACGGCUCCGAAAGCAUACUGGUCACUGAGUGAGGAGGACUGAAAUGGACAGCUUCCGCCAGGAGAAAGUACAGAGAUAUGAGGAAUUUGUUGAUAAACGCUUGAAACCAGAUCUUGUUAAGGCUAUUGCUGAACGGGACAAAGUCUUUGAACAACAAAAAACUUUCUCAGAUUUGCGAAGGAACAUAGAGAAUCUGGAGAAAAAUAGCGUAACCAGUCUUAGGACAAUGGUCAAUCUUGGCUCUGAAGUAUACAUGCAAGCUGAUGUGCCAGAUACACAGCGCAUAUUUGUGGAUAUUGGACUUGGAUUCCAUGUGGAGUUCACCUGGUCUGAAGCUUUAAAUUUCAUAUCACUCAGGGAAGAAAAGUUAGCCAGGCAAAUAGAGGAGUAUACUCGCUUAAUUGCAUCUAUUAAAGCCCAUAUAAAGCUGGUUUGUGAAGGGAUUCGGGAGCUACUUCAACUUCCCGCAGAUGGGUCUUUAAAAGGGCCUGUUUUUUAACACUUGACGUGAAUAUGUAUACCUUUUGGUUACUUUUGUUACAUGAACUCAUUUUAUGAAGAGAAAAGAAAACAGAAAGCAAGGAAGUGAAAACAGAUAAUUAUUUGUCAAUACAACAUGUUGUUGCUUCAGUUGUUAAACCUUUUUCUUUGUAUGCCCACUUCACUUGGACUGAUUGUCUUUCCCUAGAAAGUUUGGUCAGAAGAACUU